ACCCAGGUAGAUAGGUAGGCACGGUAGGUAACAGCUAUUGGAGAUGCCCAGGUACAGAUGAACAAGAGUGAGGUCGGUACGUACCUGUGCAGGUCCCGUCCAAUCAUCCUGGAAAGCACCUGAUCCGACUAGUCCCUGCAGAACUUUAUCACCUCAAACUAGCAGCGGAUCCCCACUAGGACACCCAGUGUGCAUAAGCUCGAUAGGGCUGACACUGGUACCUACUCCCAAGCUACCUAAUUGUAAAUGAUCGAUACUAGCAGGGAACUAUAAACGCCCCUCACUAUGGCAUUGGUCGAUUACACCUCCGAUUCCUCUUCCGAGUCGGAAGAGGCCCUGCCUCCGCCGGCCAAGAAACCCAAGACGGAAAUCCAACCAGACGUGGCUGUGGCCCUACCCCCGCUCCCGGCAUCAUUCCACGACCUCUACGCCUCCACCGUCCGCCAGGCCCCCACCGACGACCCUAGCUUGCACCAGGGCAGGACGCGCCAGAUCCCCCACGUAGCCGGCAACUGGCCCAGCCACCUGUACGUUGAAUGGCACCCCUCCGCCGCCGAGCACUCCCUCCUGGCCGCCCUGCUCGCCGCCCUGCAGCGCCGCCUCGGCGACGCCGCCCAGCUCACCACCUUCCUGACCAGCGACCUAGGCGCCCCGCAGCCCCUGCACAUCAGCCUCUCCCGCCCCUUCGUCCUCCCCACCCCGGACAAGGCCGCCUUCCUGACCCGCAUCACCGCCGAGAUCAGCUCCUGCGGCGUCCAGCCGCCGUUCCGGCUCCGGACCAGCGGCCUGGAGUGGCACCGGACGCCCGCGUCGAGGCGCUCGUUCCUGGUGCUGAGAGUCCGUGAUCACGGCGCCGCAAGAAGAACCGGAGACCGCCUCGACGCAGACAACGAUAAAAAUGACGGCAACAACGACGGGCCCAAUCCGCGGCUGACGCGGCUGCUGCGGAAGUGCAACGCCGCAGUGAGGGCGUUCAACCAGCCAGAGCUGUACCAGUGGGCGGGGGAGGAGGAGGACCGCCGGGGGGAGGGUGACGAUGCGAGCGUCGGUGACGCCUUCCACGUCUCCAUUGCCUGGUCGUUUGUGGAGCCGGACGACGAGCUGCGCAGCCUGACGGCCGAGUUGGCGGGGGCCCCGGAGUAUGCCGCGGCCGUCAGUGAUGCUGAAAUCUCCGUUGACGGCAUCAAGGCCAAGAUCGGAAAUGUUGUCACACACAUCUCGCUCCCCGAGAGAGGAAAGAGGGUAAAGUCAAGGAUGCCUGGGGAUAUAUUCGGCAUCUGAGGCUGGACGCUCGGCGACGACAUGCAUGUAGUGCCUGAUAUCAUGCAUGCUGUCUAUGCAAAGAUUUGUACGGGGAAUAUACCCAUGUAUGUACUUAUACGUAUAUAUACGGAUCAAUGGGGGCGUUGAAGCCGGGGCGACGUAGAGAGGCCGCGCUCGAUCCUCCAAUACGCCCAUCCUCCAUCCCUUUUCAACGCCCGGUCCUGUCAAAUAUUGCCCCAACGCCGAUAGACCACCCAUUUCCACCGUGGACGAGGGCCUGAUGCAAUGCAAAUGGACCUCUACUGUGAACAAGUCGC